AUGACAAACAACUCCAUCAGUAUUGGGAAAAUCAUUGCACAGAAACUUUCUAAUGAAGAGCCAAGUAUCAGAGAUGCAGGAUGGAAAGAGGCAAAAGAAGUUUUAAUGAAAAAAGACACAAAUGAAGAAGUUAUGAAAGAGAUUUGGAUUGGACUUUAUUUUUGGUAUUGGCAUAGUGAUGGAAGAGAUUAUCAAGAAAAAGUAAGAAAAGAAAUUACAUCAAUAAUGAAUAAAGAAGAAAUUGACAAACACGAAUGCAUUUUAUUUGUAAAAGUUGGAAUGGAGACAUUAGAAAGAUAUUGGGAUGAAAUUGAUUAUGUUAGAAUAAAAAAAUAUGAAAUGUUAUUGUGUCAAAUGAUUCAAAAAUAUUUAUAUUUUAUUUCACAACAUGGAUGGAAUAUUGAAAUGAUUAAAGAAUGGAAUGAGUAUUUAUUAGAACAUGUUGUUCCACUUCAAAAUAACCCAAUUUCAUUAUCAUUUUCAACAAAAGUAGCAGACUAUUAUUAUGAUUAUCUUAAUGAUGUUAUAUAUAUUGAUGAAGCACCUGAACCAAAUGAAGAAGCUAAAAAUGAGUUAGCAAGAUUAUUAAUAAAGUAUUUAAAGAAUGGAAAGAUUCAAUCUCUUCAUAAAAGUUUUGAAGAAGCACGUGAAAGAUUACAAACGGAAUUAUAUCAUUACAUUAAUUUAGGAGAUAUAGUUAAAAAUUGUCGUGUUAGACCAGUCAAAGAAUUUAAUAAAACACCAUUAUUAGGAUGUGGUAUGGAAAAAGUAGAGAAAUUAAGAGCAAUAAAACAAGAAAAACGUGAUAAGAAAAAGAAGGACAAAGAGCGUAAAGAAAAGAUGAAUAAAAAAAGAAAACAAAAGGAAGAGAAAAAACCAAAGAAAGUUUUAAAUUAA